AAUCUAUAUAAAAAAAAAAAAGGACUCAGUGACAGACGGCACGAGUGCAAAUUGAAAAUCAUCGGAGAUUGCAGGGUUAGCGUUUUCCGAUUCUUCCGUCUGAGAUCCGUCGACUUUUGAAAUUUCCUGUGGUCUCACUCUUUUCAAGAUAGAGCAGAAAUGACCGACAGUCAACUCUUCAACAAUAUCUCUCUCGGCGGCCGCGGAGGCACCAAUCCUGGGCAGCUUAAGAUACAUUCUGGAGGAAUCCUUUGGAAGAAACAAGGAGGUGGUAAAGCAGUGGAAGUAGAUAAAGCUGAUGUUGUAGGAAUAACAUGGAUGAAAGUACCAAGGACAAAUCAACUUGGAGUCAGAAUCAAAGAUGGAUUGUAUUACAAAUUCUUUGGAUUCCGGGAUCAGGACCUUGCAAGCUUGACCAAUUAUUUCCAGAGCACUUGUGGAAUAACACCAGAAGAGAAGCAACUUUCAGUCAGUGGCCGUAAUUGGGGAGAGGUUGAUCUAAAUGGAAAUAUGCUCACUUUUUCAGUUGGUUCAAAGCAAGCAUUUGAAGUAUCAUUAGCAGAUGUCUCACAAACACAGCUGCAAGGGAAAAAUGAUGUCAUCUUGGAGUUCCAUGUGGAUGAUACAACUGGAGCUAAUGAGAAAGACUCAUUGAUGGAGAUAAGUUUCCAUAUACCUAGUAACAAUGCCCAGUUUGUUGGUGAUGAAAAUCAUCCUCCUGCACAGGUUUUCCGGGACAAAAUUAUGUCAAUGGCAGAUGUUGGUGCUGGAGGUGAAGAGGCUGUUGUUACAUUUGAUGGUGUUGCAAUCCUGACACCAAGGGGUCGUUACAAUGUCGAACUUCAUUUGUCAUUCUUGCGGCUUCAAGGACAGGCCAACGAUUUCAAAAUUCAGUACAGCAGCGUUGUUCGCCUCUUUUUACUUCCUAAGUCUAACCAGCCACAUACCUUUGUUAUUGUCACUCUUGAUCCACCAAUCCGCAAGGGCCAAACUUUGUAUCCACACAUUGUGUUACAGUUUGAUACCGACAAUGUGAUCCAGAGCUCUUUGUCAAUAAAUGAAGACCUUUUGAGCACAAAGUACAAGGACAAAUUAGAACCAUCUUAUAAGGGUCUCAUUCAUGAUAUGUUUACAGCAAUACUGCGUGGCUUGUCUGGUGCUAAAGUAACUAAACCAGGAAAAUUCCGUAGCUGUCAAGAUGGUUAUGCUGUGAAGUCGUCAUUGAAAGCUGAAGAUGGCCUCUUAUAUCCACUUGAGAAAAGCUUCUUCUUCUUACCCAAGCCUCCAACCCUUAUUCUUCAUGAAGAGAUUGAUUAUGUUGAAUUUGAGAGGCAUGCUGCUGGUGGCUCAAAUAUGCAUUACUUUGAUCUCCUUAUCAGACUCAAAACUGAACAAGAACAUCUGUUUCGGAACAUCCAGAGAAAUGAGUACCAUAAUCUUUUUGACUUCAUUAGUGGGAAGGGUAUGAAAAUUAUGAACCUGGGUGAUGUGCAAACCACAAAUGGAGUGGCUGCUGUUCUCCGGAACAAUGAUGAUGAUGCUGUUGACCCGCAUCUUGAGCGUAUUAAGAAUGAAGCCGGAGAUGAAAGUGACGAAGAGGAUGAAGAUUUUGUUGCUGACAAAGACGACGAAGGCUCACCUACUGAUGAUUCUGGGGAGGACGAUUCUGAUGCUAGUGAAAGCGAUGGUGAGAAAAAGAAGCCUAUGAAAAAGGAAUCUACUAAGGAGCCUUCAUCUUCUAAGCCAGCAUCUAAGAAGAGAUCCAAAGAUGCAAAUGAGGAUGCAUCUAAGAAGAAAAAACCGAAAAAAAGAAAGGAUCCAAAUGCACCAAAGAAGGCAAUGUCUGGUUUCAUGUUCUUCUCGCAAAUGGAAAGGGAGAAUGUUAAGAAAAGUCAUCCCGGCAUUGCUUUUGGUGGGGUUGGCAAAGUUCUUGGAGAUAGGUGGAAACAAUUGUCAGCGGAGGAGAAAGAACCAUACGAAGCUAAGGCUCGAGCAGAUAGAAAGCGUUAUGAAGAGGAAGUUAGCGGCUAUAAGAACCAGCAGCCAGUGAAUGUGGACUCGGUGAAUAAAUCUGAUAAUGAAUAGAUAGUAAUGUUACUGAUUUCUCAAUUUUGAGACUCAGAGGAGAGGAAUCCUUUUCUGUUUAAAACCGUUAUCUCGUUUUAGAUUUUCACGAGGGAAAUCAUUCGCGCGUUGCGGCGAAUGUAUUGUUCUAUUGAUUUUUUAAAAUUUUGUUUUAUAAUCAUUCAAUUAUUAGUUCGAUUUAUUUAUUUUUUUA